AUGCCUGUUGGGCUCCACAAAUGCAACAUUCCUCACCUGGGGCCAGAUGUCGUGGACACGUGGAUCACCUCCAUCAUAGAUUCAUCUUCUGCCUAUUGGGUACUUUUUAAGGACUACAGUGCAAAUAAUAUGCUGGGAGCCGCGGAUUUCUACCCCAGCUAUGGCAACACUCAGAAGGCCUGGUGUCCUGGACAUCUCAACGAUGAACAAUAUGUGGAGCUCGGAAUCCCAGAACCGAUCUACAUCACGGAGAUCCACAUCUAUGAGGUGUUCUGGGUUGGUGGGGUGGAGUCUCUUUCGAUCCGAGAUCCGAACUCUGACUGGAUGGAGGUGUGGAGAACGCCUGCUUUUGAGAAAUUAGAAACAAGUCGGAUUUUAAUCCCCAAUUUCAUGCCUCCAGACUUCAAGUCUGACGCAAUAAGGAUUGACCUUGACCUUUCGGUCCAAAGUGUCUGGUCCGAGUUCGACGCCGUGCGAGUGGUUGGCACCAGGAUACGCACGCGUCACGGCCUGUGACACCAUUUCACAAAUAGUGCUGUCGGAUUGGAGACGUGGAGAGAGGGGCAGCGCAAGUUGAUGUCAUCGACGUGUCGUCACAAGGACUUUGCAUAUCCUGAAUACAUUGUAGCCUGACAUAACAACUGUCAGCAUGUACUGUGAAACUUUGAGAGAUGAGAAACAUGGUCCGUUCAUAAAGGGAGAUGGGGCAAUGAAAUAGUUUUAAAUAUGUACGUAUGAAAUGUGUUAUAUAUAUUAUCUAACACUGCACAUGACACGGAAUGUAUUUACUGUUCCAUAUUUAUGUACGUGAGUAUAAUGCGACCUGCCGUCUGACUGUUGUGACGCUGUUGAAUCCGCUGAGUUAGCAUUUUUAUGGAAAUACAGUAUUGAUGUAUGUACCUACACGGAGGACAUGUCACAGCCUAGA